UCGUUCUAACGCGUCCCGAUACCCAGAGAAGAUUCAACAAUUCUUGAACAAGUUUGAAGGGGUUUCAGACGAUGUUGUUCAAGGAUUCGAUGCCCUUGAUCUCCAGGACGCGGAUGUACACCGGAAACCAAAAUAUAUGGAGCAAUUGCAAAAGAUCGCGAAUCGAGAACAGGAAAGGCUCGUAAUUGACCUAGAAGAUCUUCUCAAAGUAACUCGUCUUACUAUUACCAUACUGGUUUGUCUAAUGAGCCUUCAGUACGAAAAGUCCAUUGGAGGCCUGGUGAACCGCAUUCGCUCAAAUACGCGCCGCUAUACGCAAUUAUUUUCGGAAGUGAUCGACGAAGUUAUGCCGAAUCCAACCAAAGAUAUCAGUCAUCUCGACGAUGUUUUGGAUGUUAUCAUCCAUCAACGUAGGGAGAAGAACUUGGCAAAUGGACAAGAUGGUCAAAACCUGUUUCCCCCAAUGUUGACACGAAGAUA